CGCAGGGGAAGGGUCGCGGCGGUCCAGGCGUUUUGGAAAGGUCCUCGACGGGAGCACUCGCGCUCCAAUCGACGCGUGAUAUCGCCCCGAAGAGGUCAGACGCGGUCCGCGCGUUCCUCGGAGGCGUUUCCCCGUCCCCGUGCGUCGUAUUCGCCGCGCUCGACAAACGGAAUAUAGCACACUUUUGGAGGAGGGGUGUUCGAUCCGGUGAACGCGCUCCGCGGGACGACACAUCCGAGCACACGACGCGCUCCGAUUAACCCACGCGACAUGUUCGCGAGACACGCGUCCCGCGCGGCGCGCAGGGUGGCGUCCGCCUCGAACCUCGCCGUGUCGUCUCCCGAUUCGGCCGCGAACGCCUGGCGAACGUCCCCUCCCGCCGCCGCGGUUCGACCGUGGAGGACUCUCGGCGCGACGAUGGCCACCCUCCCUUUCGCGGUCGAGGCCGGCAGCGCCGCGGCGGGAUACACCGGCGGGUUGCUCAAUCCCGCCGACCUCAAGCGCAUCGCCCACGACCUGAGCGCGAUGCCCCGCAAGCGCAUCGAGGGGCCCGACGUGCCCCAGGCGAGGGCGGUGCUGGUGCCCCUCUGCCACGACUCCCGCACCAAGGUGCCGCACGCGCUGUUCACGGUCAAGCCCGACGACUUCGGCGCCCCGCACGCCGGUUUCCCCGGGGGUCCCAGGCACAACGACGACUCGGACGACAUCGGCGCCGCGGUGCGCGAGGCUAUCCGGGAGCUGGGCCUCGGCGACGGCGCCAGCUUGCGCAUCUUGGGCGUCGGUUCCGACGCGGCGGACGUGCCCAAGCAGUGCGCGGUGACCCCCGUGGUGGGCUACCUCGGGGAGCUGGACGUCGAGGAGAUGACGUCGAUGAGCGCGCUGGAGGGGACACGCAAGCACACGCUGAUGGCGGUGCGGCUGGACGACUUACUCAGCAAGGAGAGCGUGGACGUCACGCUGGUGCCGGGAGUGGGCCCGAUGCCGGUGUUCAACGCGGGCGCCGGGGAGGAGGAAAAAGGCGACGGGAGGAGGGGCGGCGGGCUCAAGAUCUGGGGUUUGUCCGCACAGAUCUUGCACCAGGUCAUGAGGGUGGUGGUGGGUCCCAGGAAGGAGUACAUGGAGGCGCUGUACGGGCCAUUCGUCAACAAGAAGUUCGUCGGAGGAAACUCAAACCCGUGACGUGACGGGUCGACGCGGUUUCCCCGCUUGUUGUAGCACAUUCAUUUUGUAGGAGGGGGCAUUCCCCUCGAGCAGCCGCAUUAUUUUGUAAAUGUACCUCACGUGAGAGAGAUGGUUCGUCGUUUCAACAGGA